GCAGUGCACAUCACUACAGUGAACACAAACAUACUAGUGAGUGCAACUAUAUUAGAGAUACAGUGAGCUAUUCAUAUAAUUUCAUAUAUGAAUUUACCUGCUGAUUUACUUUUGAUUAUAUAAUAUUUUUGUUCAGAACUGGCUUUUAAGACAUGAUGUCAGGAGAAUCAGGUAAGUACAUAUUUCUAAAAUGAUCCUAAAUACUAGGCACACAAGCUCAUUCACCAAUUCAAUGUAUUUUAUUGUAUUCUGUGCUUUAAUUGUACAUUUUAAUAUCUGUAUGAAUACGAAUACCAGAUCCCCUACUUGGCAAUGAAGAAGAUCCGUCAUCAGAGUCUCCUUCUGAGGUGUCAAACAUACUGUCAUUCUCUCCAUCUACUGAUGAAAUGGAUGAAUCUACUGUGAGGAUUGUGCUGCUGGGUAAAACUGGAUCGGGGAAAAGUGCAACAGGAAACUCCAUCCUGGGCAGAGAGGCUUUUACAGCGCAGUGCUCUCCUGAGUCAACCACUAAGAUCUGUAGAAAGGAAAAUAAUGAAGAGAAUGGCCGACUGAUAUCAGUGAUUGAUACUCCUGGACUCUGUGACACGUCGAUGUCUCCUGAAGAAGUGAAACGUGAAAUAGAAAAGUGCGUCUACAUGUCUGUUCCUGGUCCUCAUGUGUUUCUGCUGGUGAUCAGACUCGGGGUGAAGAUCACAGAGGAAGAGCAGAACACUGUGAAGUGGAUUCAGAAGAACUUUGGAGAAGAUGCUUCUAGGUACACCAUCAUAGUGUUCACUUUCAGAGACAGCGUGAAAGGAACGACUGUACAAGAAUAUAUACACGCCAGCAAAUAUCUCAGAAACCUGAUUGACAGCUGUGGAGACAGAUACACCUUCCUCAACAACGAGGAUCCUGACGACCGCACUCAGGUUGAUGAACUGCUGAAAAAGAUUCAGGAGCUGAUACAGAAGAACGGUGGAAAGUCCUACACUAACGCCAUGUAUGAAGAGGCUCAGGAGAAGAUCAGACAGGAAGAAGAGAGAGUGAGACAGGAAGAAGAAAGGCAAAAAGAGGAAGAGAAGCAAAGGAUCAUUGAGGAAUACGAGAGGAUAAAGAAUAGGUGGAAAGCGCAGUUGAAGUCAGAUUUACAAAAAAUGGUAAAUGAAUGUUUUAAUUGUUGGCCCAAAAGCGUAUUUGGUAUAGUAAAAGCAGUGAUGAUUGGCGUACCAGUGUUCCUUCUAGGAGCAUCUUUCUUGAUUGUCACAAGCCCGAUAAUUUUUGCAGUUUGGGCUUUCAGAAAAAUAAGAAACAAAUUAAAGACUGAAGCCGAAUAUAUACAUAUUGCCAAUGAUUAAAUGAGUUAAAGCCCCACUAGGCAGUAUUUCCUUGAUUUAUUUUAUCUUUUUAAAGAAGUGAAUUUACAGCUUGAAACUCACUGCAGCGCUGCAUUGAGGUGUAAUAGGAGGAAUAGCGGUGCUCUCGUGUCUGUGCCGGAGCUCCUCUGAGUUUUCUGAGUAAGUUUUCAGAGGCGGCCGCGACCAACGCUCGCGAGAACUGCGGCCUGCUUUCCGACCUUUAGUUCUAACAGUUCUACAAGGGCUACUGGUUCAUUCUUUACGAACUAACAUACAGACACUCUGCACUCCAGCAGAAGCUGGAAAGAGACCGGAUAUGUCUGUGAAAGCCAGAAAACGAGAAAGAGAAACUAAUCCGCCUGAAACAUUUAUUACACUCUACAACUGUAGGGGGAGCCCACAAGCACAAAAUCUCAAUCCUACCUAGUGGAGUUUUAAUUACAUCAUCAGUUAUCCAGCAAUAUAAUUAAUCUUGCUUCCAAUGAGUGCAAACACCAUCUAUUCUAUUAUCUUUAACUGUUCAUAGGUGUAUCAGUUAAAUGUUUUAUUAUAUGUGUUUUAUUUCCAGUGUAACAGUUGUUAUGUUAGGUAAAAUAAAUAUAAAUGUAAGGAUAUGAGGAACACUAUUGAAAAUGUUUCAUUCUGUGAUUAAUAUAUUAACAAAGAAAUCAUUAUUGUACAUUAUUCAGAUUUCAUGUGUGAUUUGUAUUUGCUCCAUUU